AACAAUUUUCGGCGGCACGCUUUUUUCCACAAAAAAUAAUUCUUCCAUUUCUUCAAGUUUAUAAUUCACACGUUUGCAAAAUGCAGAAUUCCAUCGUGAAGGGGAUUUUCGACAACUUCAACGAGUACCUGUCCAAGGAACAGGAACUGCGUACGGAAAUACGGGACAUCGUACGUGACAUCGAUCAAGCCGCAAAGGAGGCGGCCAUUGCUCUACAGGUUAUUCACAGCAGCAUCGCCGAUGUACCGGCCGCAUGUGCAACGGCGCGCACACACUUCGAAGUUUGCCGGGCCGGAUACGUGAAGUUGGCGGCCCUGAUUCCGAUCGGACAGUACUAUCGCUACAACGACCACUGGCAUUACAUGACGCAGCGCAUCGUUUUCCUGAUUGCGCUAACCGUUUAUCUGGAGAAAGGAUUUCUCGUCAGCCGUGAUACGGCGGCAGAAAUAUUGGGCCUUUGUGUUGAGCAGCAGGAUGGUUUUCAUCUCGACAUCGAAGAUUAUCUGAUGGGAGUGCUGCAGCUCGCUUCGGAGCUGAGUCGCUACGCCGUCAAUUCGGUCAUUUUGGGUGAUUUCGAGAAGCCUCUGACCAUUUCCAAGUUCGUUGCUGACCUCAACUCGGGCUUCCGGCUGCUCAAUUUGAAAAACGAUUCGCUGCGUAAGCGAUUCGAUGCGCUCAAGUACGAUGUCAAGAAAAUCGAGGAAAUCGUGUAUGACAUUAGCAUUCGGGGACUGCGCAACGAUGGUGCCGCAGCAACAGCAGCCCCUCCGUCAGCUCCCACGACGCAGGAAACACCAAAGUGAAUUCCAGCCUUGAACAUCCUUCUUUUUUUGAAUAAAUUCAACCAACAGUGUUCCAUGUUUAAGAACACACUC